AGGCUCUAGAACAAAACCAAGAAAUGCUUCAAGGAAAAAUUAAAGAACAGGAAACAAGGAGGAUGCAACUGGAGGAGGAACUCGAGGAAAUGCGGCGAAAACAUGUGGAGUCUGAAGAGCAGUGGAAGAAAAGACUUAAUGCUGUGAGUGUUGAAUCGUCGGAUAGAAAAAGAAUGGAACGACUAGACAGAGGAGAUGAUCAUGGUUACGGUGAGAAGAGACUGGACGAAAGAAACACCCAGGGUAAUGUUGCAAGUUCGUACCAAGAUAAAAAAGGGAGAAAAAGUAACCGAGCAACGGACGAUUCUCCUCAAUUUGACGAUGUCAGGCAUGCGCUUCAGAGUGCUAGUCAAAGCUCGAACUUGUCGUAUCGUGAUGAAAUAGAAGGAAGACGAGACAGACAUAAGCAACGAAGCGCGGACAGCUCACGCCACGUUGAUAGAGAAGGAAGAUGGAGCGACGGAGACGCCGACAGCCCAAAGCAUGGCAAGAGAGUCGGGAGGAAAGCGCGGGAAAAAGGGGAAAGAAACUCAAGGAAAACCCGAAUGAGAAGUGCUGAAUCUGAACCAGUGAUAACGAAGACAGACGCAGAAAUAACCAGAGUCCAGGUCGUGAGAGAUGAUGAAGUUUACCGCUUAUCCAAAGGACGAAUUGAACUGCUAGAGUCAGAGAAGUCGGCUAUGAUGGAACUGAACACGUCGUUACAAGAAGAAAACAAGGCUUUAAAGCAGCUAUCACUCUCUCUCCAAAAAGGAACAGGUGUUUCUUCUGUAGUUCUACAAAAGCAAAUCAAGGACUUGCAUCAAGAACAGAAAGUUUUACGUGAUACAGUUCACAGACUCAACGUGGAACUCAGCAGAUACCAAGCAAAAUAUCGCCCUGUGUCAUUUGAGGAGGUAGAAGGCAUGGCAUUGCCGUACAAGAAGGAGGCAGCUCCGUGGCUGGUAAACACCAAGUUCUUGGCGCCGCUUUUCUUGGCGUACGACGAUCGAUUGAGAGAAAAAGAACAAAUGAUCAGAACUUACGAUGAAGAGUUGAACUCUUUUAAGGCUCGAGUCAUGGAAGUUGUCAAGGAAAAUCAGCAGCUUCAUAUGAGCAUCAGUAAGGCCAGUCCUGAUGCAUUGGGGCCGGAUGAAUGGCAACAACUGCAGGAACAGGCAAAACUAGUGGUUGAGGAGAACGCUCUGUUGAUGGAACAACAAGAAAUACAAGACAAAAAAAUGAAGGAAAUGAAGAGAAUCCACGGAUUAGAAGUCUCCAAGUUGUCCAAACGGAUUUCAAGUCAAGAGUCAACUCGGCGGCGCCUUGAAACGGAGCUAGAUGACAUGCGUCGUACCCAUAACAACCUAAUGCGUCAACAUGAGGCCAUGGUUGCUGAUCAGGAAAACAAGAUGUUGAUUCAAGAGCAUCUUAGAAUAAUGGAUGAAUGCAGGAGUGUACUUGAAGACUUGAAGGCGAAAACGAAAUCAGAGACAGAGGAAUACAAUUCGAAGUUACAGGCAGUCCAGAAAGAAAAGAGCAACUUAGCCAUAAAAUUUGCAGAUGGCGAAGCUAAGAGCGCACAACUUGAACGAGAGCUUGAUGCUUACAAGAAGUCUCUGCAGAAAUCGGAGCGGAAGUUUCUGUUUCUUCAAAGAAAGUUAGAGCACAUUCAGGAACGAGAGCUGACAGCGCAGGAGACUCUGUCACAAGUUCUAACCAUUGCGGAGAAAACAGCAGCCGAGAGGGACAACUACGUACAAUUUGCCAAGACACAGAAGGCGGAACAACAGAAAGCUGCCUCGAAAAUUCUUGCCGGAACUCAGAACAUCAAAGGACUCGAGGAAAAACUCCAGGAGUACAGGAGAAAGGCCACGGAUAAAGUCGCCAUAGUAACGGGAAGGCUGCGAGAGAAAGAAACCGAAAUCAACAAACUUAAAGAGCAGUACGAGGGGGAAAUUAAUAAUCUUCGCGCUGUGGUCAGACAAAAACAACGCCAGUUGGAAUUAAUGAUUGGAGACAACAGGAACGUUGACAAAGAACUGGAAAAAGUUUGGAAGACAGCAGCCGCUGAUAACAGGCGAAUGAAGGACACAGUUCGUCAAAAAGGUGGCAUGUUUGAUUCCGACUCAGACCCCAAUGCACAUCUAUCUUCGGAAGAAGGGGAGGCUGCAUAGUCAAACAAUGCAAUGGUGAGAGACCUUCGCUAACGGAAUCGAGAAGACAAGUGCUACAGGACUAAUGAAUUUUUGCGUGAACACGUGUUGUAUAAACAAAAUCUAAUUUAAAGUUAUGGAAAGCUUAUUUAAACUAAUUGAAAUUUUUCAAUUAAAUGGUCUAUACAGUC